GGUGGCGGCCGGUGGGCCCAGCCCAGCCCGCAGCUGCGGCGGUCCGGUGUGAGGGCGGCGGCGAGCGGGCUCCUGACCGCCCUCUGCCGCUGUCAAGUUUGUCACUUGGUCCCCGCGUCUGCGCCGGGUUCGGCCAGCCUUCCCCCGCCGCCGCUUCCCCCGCCAUGGCCCUGGUGCGGGACGCCGAGCCGGUGGUGGGGCCCUCCCGCUGGCUGCCCACGCACGUCCAGGUGACGGUGCUGCGGGCCCGCGGGCUGCGUGGCAAGAGCUCGGCCGGCAGCACCAGCGACGCGUACACGGUGAUUCAGGUGGGCCGCGAGAAGUACAGCACGUCGGUGGUGGAGAAGACGCAGGGCUGCCCGGAAUGGCGCGAGGAGUGCUCCUUCGAGCUGCCGCCCGGCGCCCUGGACGGCCUGCUCCGGGCGCAGGAGGCCGACGCGGGCCCGUCGCCCUGGGUCACGGGCUCAAACGCCGCCUGCGAGCUGGUGCUCACCACCAUGCAUCGCUCGCUCAUCGGCGUCGACAAAUUUCUGGGCCAGGCCACGGUGGCGCUGGACGAAGUCUUUGGUGCAGGCCGCGCCCAACACACGCAAUGGUAUAAGCUGCAUUCCAAGACGGGCAAGAAGGAGAAGGAACGCGGAGAGAUCCAAGUCACCAUCCAGUUCACUCGCAACAACUUGAGUGCCAGCAUGUUUGACCUGUCCAUGAAGGACAAGCCACGGUCUCCCUUCAGCAAGCUCAAGGACAAGAUGAAGGGCAAGAAGAAGUUUGAUCUGGAAUCUUCUUCUGCCAUCCUCCCAAGCAGUGCCCUCGAGGAUCCAGAGCUGGGCAGCCUGGGCAAGAUGGGCAAAGCUAAAGGCUUUUUCCUCCGAAACAAGCUGCGCAAGUCAUCCCUGACCCAGUCCAAUACCUCACUGGGCUCAGACAGCACCUUGUCCUCGGCCAGCGGGAGCCUGGCCUACCAGGGCCCUGGUGCCGAGCUUCUCACCCGCUCUCCCAGCCGCAGCAGCUGGCUGUCCACUGAGGGCAGGGAUUCCACACAGUCUCCCAAGCUGCUCUCUCACAAGAGGACCUACAGCGAUGAGGCUAGCCAGAUGCGUGUGGCACCUCCCCGGGCCCUUCUCGACCUCCAGGGCCACCUUGAUGCUGCCUCCCGCUCUUCCCUCUGUGUCAAUGGGAGCCACAUCUACAAUGAGGAGCCCCAGGCCCCCUUGCGGCACCGCAGUUCCAUCUCAGGCCCAUUCCCACCCUCCAGCUCCCUCCCUGGUGUCUCUUCCCGGCCCUCUGAGGAGGUGCCUCGGUCCUCGGAGGACUCCUGGGGCAGAAGCAGCCGUGGCACCAGCAGCUCGGAGGUGGCGCCUGGACAAGAGGACUUGGGCACUCAAGCCAAAGUAUUGGCCACUGGGGCUAGCCAUUCUGGAGACGUGGAAGGGGUCCGGCAUCCAGAAGGAAAGCCGGUCCAGGUUGCCACACCGAUGGUGGCCUCCUCUGAGGCUGUGGUAGAGAAGGAGGGAGCUCGAAAGGAAGAGCGGAAGCCCCGGAUGGGCCUCUUCCACCACCACCAGGGGCUGAGUCGGAGUGAGCUGGGACGCCGCAGCUCUGUGGGGGAAAAGGGAGGUCCUGCCCUGGGGGCCUCCCCCCACCACUCAUCCAGUGGGGAGGAAAAGACCAAGAGUAGCUGGUUUGGCCUGAGAGAAGCCAAGGAACCAACUCAUAAACCCAGCCUGGACGUGUCUCCUCAGGUAGAACCUGACCCAGCUGCUCCUCACCACUUCCCCUGCUCCCCCUGGGCUCCGGCCCCCCCCACUCCUGCUCCCACCGCUGCUCCCAUGCUAAGCACUAACCUUUUUGCAGCCGCCUCCCCUGCUGCUGCCACCGCCACCAUCACCCCCGAAGCCACCCCAUCUGGAUUCUUGGGUGUCACCAACCCGUUCCUCACCUCCUUGCAGAGCAACCCCUUCUUCGAGGAGCUCAUAGCCGACAUAGCACUAAACUCUCCUUCACCUGCUCCCUCUCUCCCCAGUGCCUCGAGGGCCAGCCCCGCCCCCCUGGCCUCCCUUGGGAAAGCCCUGCCUGAGUGGGACGACACCUUCAACAUCUUUGCUGCUGGCAGGCUGCAUCCGGAGGCCAGGAGCGAGAUCCUGGCCCCUGAAGGAGUGGGGCUGGAGGCGGCUGGGCUGCAGGCCCCAGGCCCCAGGGCCUUGACAGUGAAGGCAGCUGAGCCCCAGGGAGACCCUGGGGGAGGAAGAGGUGGGAGCAGCAUGUGGCUGGAGCCUGGGGCUCCUCUGGACUCUGAACUGGACCAGCAGAACACAAGUGCAUCUGACCCAGGGCCCCUUGGGUCAGCUGGGCCUGGCCUGCCCUCUGCAUCAGCCCAGCCGCAACUGAGAGCCUCGACCUCAGCACCAGACAGGGAGCCGCCGGACCCAGAAGUGGGAGCUGGACAGAGUCCAGCAGACAGUGGGACAUCUCUUUUCAGCUCUCCAGAAGUGAUCAGUGUGUGGGAGAGGCUACCAGGUUCAGGUGACACUCCUGAGGGCCAGGAUGAGGAGGCCCCCAGAGGUGAAAAUCAGCUUUUCCAUGAGCUCAAUACAGAUGAUUCCUGGCCUUGGGAUGUGGUCACCAUUUCUCCUGCAACUGAGAUGGCCUCUACAACUGUCCUGCAAGGAGAGUCUAAUGUGCUGUCUCCUCCCCGGGUGCAAGCAGAGUCACCAGAAACUGUGAUCCUCAAGGGAAGCAAGGGGCCUCCCCCCCUGGAGCCAGAGCCAGAGGAGCCAGAGCCGGAGCCAGAGCCGGAGCCAGAGCCUAAACCCCAGCAGGAGCAGGAGGAGGGGCUGAGGCCCAGCACACCGCCUCCCAAGCCACCCCGCCUCUUCACACCCUCAAAUUCUCAAGUGGAGGAGGACAAGGAGGAACAAGAGAAGGCUGCAGGGGGAUUGAGUAGCUGGGGAGCAGGGGCAGGAGGAGAAAACUCUACCCUAGAUGCACUCACUGUUGGUCCAUUAGAGACCAAGGGGGAGGGCAGGAAGCCUGACUCAGAGGAGUCUGACAGCCGGUCAUCUGGGACCCUGCUAGGUGAGCCAGGUCUGGAGGAGCUAGUAGAGGAUGCCAGCCCCUCUAGGUCUGGGGCCUGCCCAUCUGUGCCCAUCAGGUGCCCUGAGGGUCAUGUCCCCAUUCCCUGUAAUUCAUUAAGCUUGGCACUGCCCAGUCAGCAGAUUGCAGGGACUCUAGACAGGGGAGAAGGCUCUGAGGCCCAGAGUCUGGGGCCAGUCGGAGAGAGGCUUGGGCCUUUGUCAGUCACCCCCCAGCAGGCUGAUCUGUGGGCCUCAGAGGAUGCCUUGAGACCCUUCUUGUCUCAGGAGAGCCGAGAUCCCCCUAGCCUCCCAUCUACAUCCCCACCAGGGUCCAGGGAAUCCUCUAUCCACUCUGGUCCGGAAGAGCUGCCCACGCCCCCAGAACCUGCCUUUCCUCCGCCCCCUCUCCCGCCCUGGGCCAGUCACCGCCAUGUGGGUCCAGGCCUUCUGUGCUCUCCCUUGCCUGGAGCCUGGCCCCUGACCUCUACCUCCCCACCCCCCGGGGAGUCAGCCUCACCCCCCCACCCCUUUGAGCCCUCCCUUCCUGGAGGCUCCCCUGCCCCUGAAGGGGAAGACCACGCUGCAGCCACCCCAGCCUCCCCGCUUGUGCUUCUGCCCUUGGAGACACGACCAGCUGAGGAGCUACAGCCCCGUGCCAGUCCCCACCCCGUGAAGCCCCUCAGUGCUGUCCCUGCAGAGGGCAUUUCUGAUAGGAAGCAGUCCCGCUCCAGUCUGAGCACAGCUCUGAGCAGUGGGCUGGAGAAGCUCAAAACAGUCACAUCUGGUGGUAUUCAGCCUGUGGCUCCGGCACCCCAGCUUGGCCAGAUGGUGGACACCAAGAGAUUGAAGGACUCUGCUGUGCUGGACCAGUCGGCCAAGUACUACCAUCUGACCCACGACGAACUCAUUGGCCUGCUCCUGCAGCGGGAGCGGGAGCUGAGCCAGCGGGAUGAGCAUGUGCAGGAGCUGGAGAGCUACAUUGACCGGCUGCUGGUGCGGAUCAUGGAGACCUCACCCACACUGCUGCAGAUCCCCCCUGGGCCCCCCAAGUAGCCUCCCUUGUCCCCAUCCCUAGAGGGUUGGUGAGGACCUGCUACCCAGACAGGGGCUGUGACCACCUGUCCGUCCACCCUCCCUCCUGCUGAGCACAUUCUCAUCUGGGACGGGGUGCAGUCUGUCUUCCUGGCCACUCCAUGCUCCCUCUCCCUCCUGCCUCUACUGGGGCUGCUGGAAGUGAGCCCUUGGACUCCUGUUAGAGCCUCAGGUUCCUUUACUACCAUGCGUCUCUGGGAGCGCUCAGUCUUUCCCACCUGCCUGUUUUCAUAACCCUUAGCUUUGGGGGCUCCAAGAAAUUGGAAUAGGGAAAUUAGCCCCCAAGAUGGAACAGGGAGAGCUGCAGUUUGAUGUGGUAUCUGGGACCAGACUGCUGUAGCACAGACUUUAUUAUCCUCCAAGGAUGUCAGCCAUUCCUUCCCAUGGCCAAUCCCUCAUCUUCUUCAUUUCCUAGUAUUGCUGGGACUGGGACAGGACCAAUUUGCCUGUUUGUAGGUUGUAGGCAGCCAGUGUGCCUAUUCUCCUGCCCCGUGCCCAUCCCCGAGAGCAGGGAGCCCAUGUGGCCUGGUCUGUUCUGCUGCGUCCUGAGUCUGUUUCUGUUUGGAGCUGCUUGCAUCAGGGGUGCAGUAUAGAUGGAGGUGGUGCUGUGUGCUCUCCAGGCUGCUCCCUGCCCUUCUCUGGAACUUUCCACUGAGUGUCAUGGGUGACUGUGGAGGUAGGGUUGGGUCAGGGGAGAGCUCCUUGCUUUUCAGGUUCUCACCCACCUCUGAUGUGUGGACCUGUCCAGGUCUGAGCUUUGGGCUGCUUUUGUUUUGGGGAUGAAGCCUCCACAUCUGUUCUUAUUGUCUGUCCAGAUGCCAAAACUCUGUGCUGCUGCAGGGUUUGAACUUUUGGAAACAAAUUAAAACGUGCCUUUUGCGGGUGGGGUCAAGAGCCUCUGGAUGUAGACCUUUCCUUCCUGGUGGCAUCCUCCUCCUGUUGAGCACUUGGGGGUGGCUCUGGGAAGGGGAAGAGGGGUUGGAGGUAGCCUUGCUCUGUGCUCUUCCCUUCCCAGAGUUAAUCUCAGCUAAGAGCCUGGCCAAGUGCUGCUGCCUCCUCAGCCUUCCUGCCGUCUUGCCCAUUUCCCUCCUAGGCAGAUCCUAGGAUAAAAACUUCUGAUGGGAGCAGGCCUGAGGCUGCUCUGCUCACUCUCAUUCUGUCAGGCCUCAACCAAGCAGCAGUUGGCUGCUCUGGAAGUGGGAGGGCACACUAUGCCUUAGGAGACACCUGUACAUAGAGAAAAAAGCCUUUGUUGCCCUCCCACCUAUCCACUAAGCUUCUGUCCUGGCCUGUCCCUUCAUCCCCAGCACCUUGCCUGGCUUGGCUGCAGUGCACUUUGAAAUGAAGUAUCUGCCCUUUGGCUCAGCCCCUGGUUUGCUUAUGGAAAGCAUAGUAGGCUAUCCCCAUGACAUCUGCAGGGACCCUUUGGUGGCUUGGGCAUCCUGCAUUAGCAAAGGGUGGGAGGUGAGAAGAUGCCAAAGGAGGGUACUUUUGGCCCAUUGAAGAGGCAAGAGCCCUUCUGGGGCUCCCUUCUUCAUGAGAGCCUGUGGGCUCACUCAGAAGGCCUCAUAGGAGAUGGGCUCUGUGGGUGAUGUCAGUCUUCUGCCAGGAUGCACAGGAGCCCCAUACAUGGGGGAAAGCCCCUGCAGAGUUGACAUCUUUAAUGUCCACUCAGCAUAGCUGAGAAAAGUAUCCAUAGGUGUCCAGAUUUUCAGUUAUGUUUUUUGGAGUGAUUGGGGGUAGAGGUGUCUCUCGAGUAAGGAGAUCACUCCCCUACUAGGUAUUCCUCUGGGCUCUAGGUGAUCCCAGCUCCAGUCCUGAUCUUUCACCAUCCUUGAUGUUGGGCCUCUCAUGUGCUCAGGGCAGGGGUGUCUUUAGAAGAAGGUUUGAAUUGAAACCCAGGAUUCUUGUUUGAUGUUUCUGUUCUGGCCACAAGAUGGAGAAGAGCUGCCGUGGGGUGGUCAGGAAGCAGGUACCAUUCUGCUUAGCUGUUUGUCUUCCUAGUUGUAACUCCUCUGUUUAUAAAGAGCUUGUUCUUCAUGUUUCAAGCACUUUAUGAAGAAUAAAAUUUCACAUACUGCA